UAUUAUACAUUUCAUAUAUUCUGURGUUUUACACUAAUGAUAAAUGUUGUUCGUCCUCAACUUCAAAAGAGCUGCUUAUUAACGACUUGUAAACACGUUUAAUAUAAGUUUGUAGUUGUUAUAUCUUUCAAUUAUUGAAUCAUUGAAUUCUGUAGAUAUUUAUAUUUUAUUAUAAUACGCAAUAAAAAAUUAUAUUAUAUACCUCUAUAACUCGUAUCAAUUUGAUGUCAUUUUAAAUUUAAAUUUGUAUUAAAACAAAUAAUUAAUAAUACCUUUGUUCGCGUCUGAUUGUUAAAUACUAACACUAAGAUGUAUAUUUUUAAUUAUUGUCUCCGGAGAAGUGUUAACUCUUCGAUAUUUUCUUCAGUGAAACGGUCUUAUACAUUGGAUUUAAAAACUUCAGUAAAUCACAACAAUCGCAUGCUACUACCUUCCAAUCGAUUGUCUGGAUAUUUGGUGCCGGAUCGCUGUUUUAUGAAAAAGAUGGACUUAAAACCYAUUUACGAUGUGUACAAUAAAAAAGCCGCUCAAGACAGGGUUUCACCAUCAGAGUAUGAACUCAUUUACAAUGGCACCGGUGAAACGUAUGCACGCUGUUUGAGUGGAAUUGUAAUUGCUACCAUUAUAGUCCUGCCAUCAACUUUUAUUAUUGCCUAUUUCUAUAUGUUAUUCACAUUAGGAAAAAUUGAUUUACAGACGUAUUUAGAUAUAUUAUUUAUACCAAACUCAACAUUGGAACUUAUGAUAAUGAUUCCGACAUUGUUUCUUCUAAAAAUAGUGUCAUAUAAUUUUAUUUCUAAAUAUGUAUUAAGRAUUUACAGGCACAACACAAAAAGACAGUACGUGGGCGUGUACAUAAAUCCACUUUUACCAUGGAAAAAUAUAACAUGCACAUUUGAAACGGCUAUUAAAUUACCGGAUAGUAUAAAUGCUUUUAUUCCUUGGCACAAAGAGUAUUAUCGACUAGCUGGGCACAAGUCUAUUAUCCUAAGAGAAAGAUUCAAAAGGCCUAUAGAUUAUGACAGAAUGCUUGGUUUAGUAAAGGCAUUGGAUGAAUGAUAAGUCAAUAAUUUGUAGUUAUUGUUUAAAUGUACAAGUUUCUGAAAUAAACGUAUGAUAAAAGAAUUUUGUUUUUCCUCAUUCAAAAUCAGUACUAAAUAUACUAAAUUUGUUUUCUAACAUAA